UUUUCCAGCAGUGCUGUUGAAAAUUUGUAGUUUGUAUUUACAAACCUUCACACAAGUAUGGUUUUCUGAGCUUGUCCAACCACACCUUCAUGAUAAUUUUUACUCCUGUAUUUAACUCAAUUGCUAAGCUAAACUGCCCCUUCCUGAUAGUCUAGUGGAAUCGAGUAGCUUGUUCCUAAUACACCUGGAUUAAUCUUUCAAGGUUUCCCAAACCACUUGCAGCGGUUCUCAACCUGUGGGUUGCGACCCCUUUGGGGGUCGAACGACCCUUUCUCAGGGGUCGCCCAAGACAAUCUGAAAACAAAGAUAUUUACAUUAUGAUUCAUAACUAGCAAAAUUGCAGAGUAGCAGCGAAAAUUUUAUGGUUGGGGGUCACCACAACAUGAACUGCAUUAGGAAGGUUGAGAACUGCUGACUUCAAGGGAAGCUAGAAGUAGGAAUCGUGGGUUUGGGAAUCAACUGUUUUCAUCUGGAUUGUACCACAAUACGUGGGUAAUUUUCUUAAGUGUUAAGUGGAGGUUGUAAACACGAAAGCCUGCUCGGUAAUCACGGAUUUUCGUUUAAUGAAGUUUUUCAUGUUUUGAUGAACCCCUAGAAGGAGCCUCUGGUAGAACAACUUGUACACACUGGUUCUGUGUGUCCACAUUCACCAGCGGGGCUUGAAAACAUUCUGGGUCAGGUGCUACCGGCCGAGGACUCCCUCUGAGAGCCACUCCCGAGUGUAAAGGGAGGAUACUCCUUCGCAGUUUCAGCCCCACCCAAACCCAAGAGAACUGCUUUGCGGGUAGGCACUCUAGUGGUGCAUUUACUUAGUAGAGUCGCAUCGAAGAUCUGGGUGUUUAAACCACCAUAAAGACUAAAGCUUUAAAAAUGGGAAUCAAAGUUUAUUUUCGUUAAUGCCUAAGAUUGAGAUGGUUUAAGUGGUGAUUUGGAGGGCAUGGAAGUAUUUUGAUGUCAGAUUUGCAAGGGAAGGAAACUAAUGUUGACUCAAUGGCUAUAGCACCAUAGAGAAAGGUAGAUGGGAAUGACCUUCAUCGGCGCUGAUGACAUAAAUCGCUGGGAGACCGGUCUUCUCUGAGAUGAGCAGGGGCACUACCCUUCAGUCCGCCAUGGCAAGCGGGGGACGCCCGCGGCGGCCGCAGCCGGAACCAGUGACGCACUUCCGUGGGCGGGGCCGGUUGCGCAAAAACUCACUUCCGUCGCGCCUACGCAGUUGGUUCCGGGAUUCUUAGCCGUGGCGGUUUGCUGGGACCACCAGCAUAUAGGCUACUGUGCUCUAACUCCCAAGGGAGAUGCGCUCCGGUGCCACCGUCAAGGCCUGCCAGAAAGUUUGCAGGCGCCUGUUGUCUGAGUUUGGGGGUCGAGUAGAUGGGGGCGAGGCAGCGCGGUUGAUGGAAGGGAGUAGCGCCCUCGGAGGGUCCCUGAGGUCGCAUGCGGAGCUCUCCCAGGGGAGCGAACCAAAAGAAGCCCUAGAGUCUGGUGAGGGCAGCGAAGCGCUGGUAGAAAUCUGUCAGAGAAGACAUUUUCUCAGUGGCACCAAGCGACAUAUUAGCCGAGAUUCUCUCCUGACCGGGUGCCACUUCGGCUUUGGCCCCUUGGGCAUAGAAUUGCGGAAGAACCUAGCGGCACAAUGGUGGUCCUCGGUGGUGGUGUUCAGGGAGCAGCAGGUCUUUCCGGUAGACGCCCUCCACCAUGAACCAGGCCCUUCGCUGCCCGGGGACAGUGCCUUCAGGUUAGUUUCUGCAGAAACUCUACGCGAAAUCUUGCAAGACAAAGAGCUGAGUAAGGAACAGCUAGUAGCCUUUCUUGAGAGCUUAUUAAAAACUUCUGGGAAACUACGGGAGAACCUUCUUCACGGUGCUUUGGAGCACUACGUCAAUUGCCUGGAUCUGGUAAACAAGAGGCUACCUUAUGGCCUCGCUCAGAUUGGAGUGUGUUUUCAUCCUGUUUCUGAUACUAAGCAGACAUCUGAUGGUGUGAAAAGAAUUGGUGAGAAGACUGAAGCUUCACUGGUGUGGUUUACUUCAGCAAGAACUGCCAGCCAGUGGCUUGAUUUCUGGUUACGCCAUCGACUCCUGUGGUGGAGAAAGUUUGCCGUGAGCCCAUCCAACUUCAGCAGCAGUGAUUGUCAGGAUGAAGAAGGACGAAAAGGAAACAAACUUUACUACAAUUUCCCCUGGGGAAAGGAGCCAAUAGAAACUCUGUGGAAUCUGGAAGAUCGUGAACUUUUACACAUGUAUCCUGGAAAUGUGUCUCAGUUACAUGGCCGAGAUGGACGAAAAAAUGUGGUUCCUUCUGUUUUAUCUAUAAAUGGAGAUCUAGACCUAGGCAUGCUGGCCUAUCUCUACGAUUCUUUCCAGCUAACGGAGAACUCCUUUACAAGAAAGAAAAAUCUUCAUAGAAAGGUUUGUCAAGGGCUAUUUAAUGAAUUGCUAGAAAAUGGAAUUUCCGUGUGGCCUGGUUAUUUGGAAACUGCGCAGCCCUCAUUGGAACAGCUGUAUUCAAAAUAUGAUGAAAUGAGUAUCCUCUUCACAGUUAUGAUUACUGAAGCUACUUUGGAGAAUGGAUUAAUACAUCUGAGAAGUAGAGACACCACAAUGAAGGAAGUGAUGCACAUAUCCAAAGUGAAAGACUUUCUAACCAAAUAUAUAUCAUCAGCUAAGAAUUUAUAGAUUUUAAUAUUGGUGUAAUAAAUACUCGCCUUUCCUAA